GAAGGAAAAUGGCUGUCAUGACAAUUUGACAUUUAUUGACAGACAGUUCUUUUGUAUUCGUUUAAAUUCACUCCCCGAUUUAUUUAGGAAAUAAAGGCAGGUCGUUUUUAAUUUCGUUUUAGCUAUUUUCUACGUUCUAAACAGCAAAAGGAAGAAUCGACCAACAUGUCCGCGGGUCCGUACAAUUACUCUUACAUAUUUAAAUAUAUUAUAAUUGGUGAUAUGGGUGUUGGGAAAUCCUGCCUUUUGCAUCAAUUUACAGAAAAAAAGUUUAUGUCGGAUUGUCCACAUACAAUUGGAGUUGAAUUUGGCACUAGGAUUAUAGAAGUUGCUGGACAGAAGAUCAAACUUCAGAUUUGGGACACUGCUGGUCAAGAGAGAUUCCGUGCAGUUACAAGGUCUUACUAUCGAGGAGCAGCUGGAGCUCUUAUGGUUUAUGACAUUACAAGAAGGUCUACUUAUAACCAUCUGAGCAGUUGGUUGACUGACACUAGAAACUUGACCAACCCUAGCACAGUGAUAUUCUUAAUUGGCAACAAAUGUGAUUUAGAGGGGCAACGUGAUGUUACCUAUGAGGAAGCUAAACAAUUUGCUGAUGAAAAUGGUCUUAUGUUUGUUGAAGCCAGUGCAAAAACUGGGAUUAAUGUGGAAGAGGCUUUCUUAGAGACUGCAAAGAAAAUAUUCCAAAGUAUCCAAGAUGGAAGAUUAGACUUGAACGCUGCCGAAUCUGGGGUACAACACAAACCUUCGCAGCCCGGACGUAACAAUUUAAGCGGUGAUCAGCAGCCCGCUAAAGAUAAUUGCGCCUGCUAGUUUGUUAAACGGCAAUGAAGCAAACAGAAAUAUAUAAUUUUAAAGCAUACCCAGCAAAGCAAACAAUACACACAAAACAUACAAAAGGAUGGAUGUAAAAACGAAUAACAUGCAUUUCAAAAUAAUUAUGUCUUAGAUUAUUUCAAAAUACCGCCGCGAACAUGUUUGGGUCCAGAUGAGUUUCGUAAUUUAACUAUUUUCCUCAAUAUAUUUAUUUUAAGAAUUAUAAGGAAGAAAUAA